GACAGCAAAACGCGACUUUUCCUCGUCUUGCGACUGCGAUGCCAGCCGAAAGAAGCUGAAGAUCGCGAGCAGAGCACGCCACCGACUUCCCCCCUCCUCCGACAUGCCAUCACGCUCCCGCGUCGCCGUGAUCGGCGCGGGGGCGGCGGGCCUGGCGGCGGCGCGCGAGCUGCGGCGCGAGGGCCACGCGCCCGUCGUCUUCGAGCGCGCCGCGGCCGUGGGCGGCACCUGGCGCUACGAGGACUCGAACGCCGCCGACCCGGCCGACCCGCUCGGCGCCGGCGGCGCGCACUCGAGCCUCUACGCGUCCCUCCGCACCAACCUCCCCCGCGAGUCCAUGGGCUUCCUCGACUUCCCCUUCGUCGCGGACCGCUCCUCCGCCGACCCGCGCAGGUUCCCCGGGCACCCGGAGGUGCUCCGGUACCUCGAGGAGUUCGCGCGGCGGUUCGACCUCCUCGGGCUCGUCCGGUUCGAGACGGAGGUCGUCAGCGUCCGGCGCAGCAGGGACGAUGGCGCGGGCGCGGCGGGCUGGAGGGUCUCGUACCGCUCGAGGAGGCCCGACGGCGCCGAGGGCGAGCUGGAGGAGGACGUGUUCGACGCCGUGGUCGUCUGCAACGGCCACUUCACCGAGCCGCGCGUCGCCGCCAUCGCCGGUAUCCAUUGCUGGCCCGGGAAACAGAUGCACAGCCACAACUACCGUGUGCCUGAUCGAUUUCGCGGUCAGGUUGUAAUGGUGAUAGGGUACCAGCCGAGCGGCAUGGACAUCUCCAGGGACAUCGCCGGUGUGGCCAAAGAGGUCCACGUCGCCAUGAAAUCGGAACCUCCUUAUCAAAUAGACACUACUACUGCCACUGGCCAUGCCAACCUGUGGCUCCAUUCCUGCACGAUUGAGCGUGCGGAGGAAGAUGGUAGCUUGGUGUUCCAAGACGGCAGCAGGAUCAAAGCUGAUGUCAUCCUGCACUGCACUGGAUACAAGUACAGCUUUCCAUUCCUGGGUGGCGACGACGACGGCGAGUUGGCCGGUGCAAUCUUUGUGGACGACAACCGCGUGGGCCCGCUGUACAAGCACGUGUUCCCGCCAAUAUUGGCUCCUCACAUCUCCUUCAUCGGAUUGCCCUUCAGGACGAUCCCUUUUCUAGUGUUUCAGCUCCAAAGCAAGUGGGUGGCUGGGGUUCUAUCGGGAAGACUUGAGCUCCCAUCACAAGAGGCCAUGAUGCGGGAUGUGGAUGCGUUCUACUCGGACAUGGAAGCUCGCGGAUGCCCCAAGAGACGCACUCAUGAUCUGGGACAAGGCAAUCUGUUUGAGUACGAGGACUGGGUGGCGGAGCAAUGCGGGCUGGGGAGGAUGGAAGGGUGGAGGAAGGGCAUGUUCGUUGCAACGUGUAAGAACCUGGCUGAUCGCCCGAACAGCUACCGGGAUGAAUGGGACGACGACCACCUGUUGCCACAGGCGCAUCAGGAUUUCAGCAAGCAUUCCUGCCUCUGACCGAUCAAUAUUGAAUAGCAGAUACUGGAUUGUUUGGCUUCGAGUCACUUGGUCGAUCUUGGCUUUUGCCCAUUAUUUAUAUUGGCUGGCUAAUUGUUUCAGCAACUACUUCA